AUUUUCAUUUGCAACGACAUAGAAUUAGGGUUUCAUAAUUACGGUUCUCAUAUACCUGGAUGCCUCGAAGAAAAGAUGUUGUUGAGGACGGCGAGUUUGCGGCGCCAGAACAAGAUGAUGGUGGAAGGCCCCGGAAGAAACGAAUGAGAUCCAAGCCGUUGAUUCGUGAUUCGUCGGAGGAGGAGGAUGAAGAAUCUGACGACGAGUCUGGGAAGAAGAAGGCGAAGAGGUCUGCUGAGAAAUUCUUUGAUAUUGACGCGAUUGAGGCUGACAGUGAGGAAGAAUUAACAGAUGAUGAUGAAACCAACGGGGAUCCUUUCAUUGACGAUCAGCCCGUCGACGAUGAGUUUGAUGAAAUUCCGGAAGAUGAUAACGUUUACCGGCGAAUGGACCGCCGCCGGCCGCUACUCGAUGUUGAUGAAGGAGAGGAAUUUGAUAAUUACAUGAGGAAAAUGCAGGAAAGAUUCGGUGAGGACCGAGAAAUUUCCGACAAUGAACCCGACGAAGAAGAGGAGGCGGCGGUAAUGGAGAUGGACCAGCAAGCCCUUUUGCCGUCAAUUAGGGAUCCGAAAUUGUGGAAGGUGAAAUGUGCUAAGGGUCAUGAAAGGAAAUUAGCUGUUUGUUUGAUGCAGAAAGCCAUUGAUAGAAGUAAUUCGGGUCAGCCGUUACAAAUAGGAUCCGUAAUUGCCCUUGACAAUUUGAAGGAGUUUAUUUAUAUUGAAGCUGCUAAAGAAGCCCAUGUGAAAGAGGCUUGUAGGGGAAUGCGCAAUCUAUUUGCUUCGGGCAAACUAUCCCCUGUUCCAAUCAAGGAAAUGGUCAAUGUCCUUGCAGUUCAAUGUAAAGGUGUGGAGAUUUUGAGGGAUAGUUGGGUGAGGAUUAAAAGAGGAACUUUUAAAGGAGAGCUUGCCAAGGUUGAUGACAUUGAUGAUGUGGCGAGAGAAGUAACUUUGAAGUUUAUUCCACCAAAAGUUAAGGAUCCAGAGGAGAUAAUGUUCAAGGAAGAUGGAUUCUGUUACAAAACAUAUUCUAUAAAAUCAAUCAGUACUGAAGACAUUCAGCCAACAUUUGAGGAGCUUUAUAAGUUUAGGGAACUAGAUGAUGGGGCUGAUUUGUCUACGCUCUCCUUGAACAAGCAUAAGUGUGGAUUUUUCAAGGGUGAUCGAGUUUUUGUUGUUGGAGGUGAUCUGAAGGGUUUGAAAGGGUGGGUUGAGAAAGUUGAGGAGGAUAUUGUUCAUAUCAAACCAAACCAUGAAAAGGGCGGCCUUGGCCUACUCCCGGCAAGUAUUGCUUUCAGUGAAAAAGAAAUUUGCAAGUGUUUUCUCCCUGGAAACCAUGUGAAGGUAGUUGCUGGUGUUGCAGAAGGCGCAACCGGAACAGUUGUUUCGAUCAAAGAUCAUGUUGUUAACAUCGUAUCAGAUAAUACUGAGGAGGAGGUUCUUCCUGUUUUUGCUGGUUAUCUUGUGGAAAGCUGUGAAGUAGUAUCAACUCGCCGGGGUACCCAACCUGAUGAAUCUGAUCGACAAGCUCGUGCACCGGUUUUUGGCAGAUCACCAGCAACCACCAAUGUCGCUAUUACAUCAAGAAAUGGAAAUUUUGGAGCUGCACGGCCACCUCCACUGCCACAACCACGACCAAUGCAUAAGCCUGGAGGAAGAUUUUCCUCCCAGGAAAAGAAUAGUUUGGUGGGAGCUAGAAUUAAGAUUCGUAUGGGUCGUCAUAAGGGGUAUAGUGGAAUUGUGAAACGAGUUCAAGAGAACAAAGUAUGGGUGGAGGUAGAAGCAUUGACACAUGAGGUUUUAGUCAAUCGCAAUGAGAUUUGUAGUGUGAACAUUGUCAAUGUUUCGACUCCGAUCUUCCGGGAAAAUCCGAGAUGUGGAAUGAUGACACCCAUGAGGGAUGUUGCUGCGGGAGGAGCAACGCCAGUCCAUGAUAGUGGAAUGAGGACACCAAUGCGUGAUAGAGCAUGGAAUCCAUACAGUAGCACUCCAACUCAUACUCCAAUGAGGAGUCCCUGGGAAGAUAGAAGUCCUCCUCCUUUUAUGGGGUAUUAGCCAGCAAGUUUAAUGCUAUGAAGUAUGAACUGAAGAAUCAUUUUUAAGCUGUUAAUCUUCUCGGGCAUUUGGCAAGUGUUUCAUUAGGCAGACACACUAUGUUCCUUACAUAGUUAUCAUGAAGCAUUUCUCUCUUGUAGAACCAGAAUGGUGGAAAUCGAUUACUUUGAUUUGAUCGGCAUUUAUUUU